AACAGCAGCCGGGAAACAGCAACAGGGGGGCGGGGAAAGUCCCUCGGUUUCGUCCACCUGCUCUAUCUAGCAGUCACGAGUCAUCGCUGCCACACAUAUGGGCGAGAUACUUCACAUCGAAAACCAGAUCCAAAAAUAAUUGUGCUCGAGUGCGCGGCCGAAUGCGGAUCGACAAAUUCGGCAACUAAAGACCAGCGCCACCGUGGACGUCUUUGCUUAAGUGGUUAAUAGAGUUUGAUGUUGGCUUUGAUGAGCUCUCGACUCGGCCGAGUUCAGCCUCAGAGAUUGGUGGUGAAAACUCGGUUCCAGCGGACCAGCCAAAUUCUGGCUAUAAAGUCGCGGGCCCAAUUCGAGCAAGGCAUCAUUGGGUUCACUACUAGUGACACAGCAACAUCUUAAGUCAGUUCGAAUAGUUGCCAAUUUCCCAGAGAAUAGUACCUUCAGAAUGAAACUCUUUAUCGGCGCCCUUACGAUCUGCCUGGUGGCCUUUGCUGCAGCCCAGUCGGCAGAUCCCGCUGCGGCCUUGGAGCCGUCCGCCGAGUACCUGCCACCCGUCGGCGAAGUGGAGGCGGCCCAGCUCUCCGACGCCGGCUACAAGUACAAGACGGUGCGCCGGCUGAAGCUGCGCCACCGCCGAGAGGUGCCCAGCCAGGAGUACCUUCCGCCAGUGGACAACGCACCUAGCCAGGAGUACCUGCCGCCCGUCGACGCCGCCGCCAUCGGGGACACUAAGGUUGCCAGCGACGGCUACAAGUACAAGACGGUGCGAAAGCUCAAGUUCCGUGCCCGCCACCGCCGCGACGUCUCCGAAAUCGCGGAGCCCAGCAACGAGUACCUACCGCCCGUGGAGGUGCAACUGGCCCCCGAGCUGAAGACCAUUCUUGGGGACGACGGCUACAAGUACAAGACUGUGCGCCGGCUCAAGCUGCGUCGCCACCGUCGGGAGGCUGCCGCCGAAGAAGCCGCCGCCGAUGCCGAUGCCGCCCCCAAAGGAGAGUACCUGCCGCCCGCCGAGGCUGCCGCCCCCGCAGAGGCCGAGCCAAAGGCCGCCGAGGAGGGCACCGAGCUGGCCAAGGACGGCUACCGCUACAAAGUAGUGCGCCGUCUGCGCUACCGCUACCGCCACUAG